CUUGAAGUGUAAUGUUAGGCUAAUAUUUCUGAAAAAGUAGCAGCAGACUUCAGUACCUCUUUAGUAUCGUGACCAUCCUGUGACAUUAUGAGGUCAUUGGGAAAACAAAACAAAAACACACAAAAAAAACUCCCCACUUUUUUAGAGGAAGUCUGGAAAUGAAAACAUUUUACCAAUGUCCUCUAUGCACAAAUUUACUUUAUUUGAGAUGGCCUAUCAACCUGGACUAGGCAGCUCAAAGUCUGGAAGGCAAAGUGCAAGCAAACUUUCACUCAGGCUGAGCUGAUCAUUCUCGCUGCUAACUGGGCAAGUUAACUGUUUGCUGGUUUUCACGUUCAAGCAAAUUCUGAUGCCCACUACAGGCAAAUUACCGCCCCCUUUUCCUCUCAUGAAGCACCAGAGAAUCAAACAUACAGCAUCCAAAGCAAAGCACAGACACAACCUUGAAAUUGCAGUCACACCUCUGGAUGCCACCCAUGCGAGUCACAUAUGGACAGAACCAUGGAGCCAGUCAGGUAAAAAAAUUAACUACGAUAUAUACUGUCUGAUCUACUUUGUUUUGUCCCUUAAAACCACCUGUGAGCAGAGCAGACUCAAACAUAAGGCAUUCGGCUGAAGCACUGUUCUUAUAAAUCCAAUGAACUUGGAACACAAUUUUAAUGGCCUCCCCCUACAUCCUUCUAUGUCAACUUGCAUUAAGGUAGAUACUUAGUCUAAACUGGGCUGUUCUAUGCACCUUUUUAGGACAUACCCAAACACAUCCUCAUGUUCAGUGUCCUUCCAUGUGCACGUCUCUCACUGCCCCCUAAAUAUGGGCAAUACACAUAUUGAACCAGAUCCACUUAGGUCCUUCAAAGCAAGUUUGUCAAACAUUUUUCUACUAAGAUCAGUGAAAGUUCAGUGUUCAGCCAAUUGUAUGUUUUGACUCUGGUGAAACAACCUAAAGUUUUGAGAGAACCAAGCCCAAGUAUUGAAUGAAAUAGGAAGAACCAAGAUUACUGGAAUGAAACUAGUAACUCAUGCAACAAAUCAAUAACAAAACAUGGUAGAACCUGCUUCCCAAUACUUUACUGACCACAUCUUGCUCCUAUUACCACAAUUUCUCCAUCUCUUACAGCCCUUCUACUACACAGAAAAAUCCACCCACCCUGGAAUCCCAUUAUUUUGUGCAUUUCUUGAGCUGCAGCUGACAACUCUGGAACUCCCCAGCUUACUAAGAUGACCUUCUUAACUCUCAACCCAAGAAGCUCUGUCAUUAUUUUUUCCUCAGUUUUAUUCUUGAUUUUCCUUGUUAGUCUUUCACCAAAUCUCUGGCCAUCCUCCUCCUGUAUUACUGAGCAGGGAGAAAGCAUUGUUGUUCAAUCAGUUUUCAUCUGAGGAAAACAGGGUGCAAAAGAGAACUUUCGAGAUACACCUGGUAGCAAAGCAAUGACACCUGAUCCUACAGCUUCCUCCUCAAGGCACCAAAUUAAAAGACAUUCUACUUAGCCACUAAAAGGAUGAACAUUUAAGCUUAAAAUAUGAUCACACAGUUAAACACAUUUGCUUUUAGGAACAGCUGAAAAGCAAUUACAGGAUAAAGGAUGCUUUCGGCAGCUGUGCAGUACCAAGGCACUGUGGUAACAGCUUGGUUAUUGCUACCACAUUGCAAUCUCCUCAGGCAAAUUAGUUCAUUGGUCAUGUUUGGAAGCAAAGAACUGUAAUUAGCUUGUUAAAUAAUACAGUUAUUUAGCAGACACUUCUGAAUGUUAAAAUUCCAUUUUGCACAGUAUGUCAUUUUUUAACCUAAACGGCUGCUAGGUUACUUUCCUUCUGACGUGCCUUGCACACAGAUGGAGAACAGGUUCUUCUUUCCCUGUGUCACCCAUCUCUUAUUUCACACCACUGAGACGUGAACUGACAAAACCAGAGCAUAUAUCAACAGUCAUCAUCUGACUUCAGCACUUAUGAGACUGUGCUGAAGCACUGUGACCUUCUGAAUGGUCAGCACAGGAGUGACUCGAGUGCCCCAGGGAAGGAUCCAACAGCAAGUCAGAGGAUUGUAGUCUGAAGGUGGGCUAAGAAGUAAAUUAACUGAGCCAUUUUAGAUGGUGACCCACAUUCAUGUAUUUCACUUUCAAAACUGAAAAUACAUUUAAAACAAACGCAGUGAACAGUCUGCCUUAUCACUAGAAAAAAUGUCAGGACAGAUUCAAUACUUACAGCAGAAGCCUAUAUCAUUGUCUUAAUCAGAGUCAGAACUAGAUUGUCAUCUUAAUGUUUUAAAGCAGAGAAUCACUUUCUGCCUCCAUUAUAACAAACUCUGUAAGAAGCCCAUUACCUAUCUGACACUGCAAAGCAUUUCGGCCGUGCUUGAUACAGCCCCACCACUGAACUAAGUGACUCAUCUAUCAUUUAUACUACAUAAGACAACUGGCCAGACAGCAGAUGGUUAUUUUUCUCACCCCUGCAAUCUGAUCAAGUAAAAUGAAAACCUUUCUAUUUUUUGAGUCAUUGCAUGUUUAAUAGAUUUUGAAGAACCUUCUAGAAACCCAACAUGAACUCCCAAACUUCCAAACAGGGUUCACAGCACAGGCUUCCUGUACAAUCGAAAACAAUUUCCAAACCAUACAUGUAACUUCUGUGUCUUUGUCUUUCCCAUCUAGGAAUGGGACACUUGAGCAGUUUAACAUCUGUGGGCAAUAUCUGGUUGUGCUACUUCAGCCCUUAGUUUGCAGACUAUGUUUACAAUAACGGUUUAAGCCAACACCUAUUUCAGGUUUGGAAGCUUGACAGAGGCAUUACCUAGAAGAUGUAGUUACACUAAUCCAUUUUUUCGCCUUUGAAUUUAAGCCCCAAUUGCUUGAAAUUUCCAGCAUUUGGUGCAACCAGCAUUUAAGCACCACCUUCCCAAAUGUUCCUGCAUGCAAGAAUCAGUUUUGUAAGCGCCAUCUGACAAAGUGAUUUCUCACGAUCCUUCCCCUCCCCCUUCACUAUUGUGCACCCAACCUGGAAAAACUCACUAAAGACAAUGAUUCAAGCUAAAUGCGGCAAAGAUACAAAUAAAUUCCACUUGAUAACAACAAUUUUUUCUAGUACUAACUGGGGUGUCUCACUUGGACUACAUGCAAUUGAACUAUAUGCAAUUUUCUGAUACAUAUAUUAGAUAUAAAGUAAACACACUACAGGAACAUGAUUGAACUAUCCACCAUACACCCUCUUCAACCCUUUCAGAAAUAUACCUUCAUUCACUUCUUACUUUCAUGAACACAUGAAGAAAGACAAAUAAUUGUAUUCUCAAGAACUGAAAAGCUGAUCUGAACUAGAACAAGGCACUCAUGUUUCAAACUAAACACUUUAAUCAUGGGUCACAAGUUUGAUAUCACCAUAGAUACCAAGGUGAUAAAAGAAGUUAUCGUAAGUCUAAAUUGUUGCCAACAACAGUACUGCAAUUUCUAAGAAAUGACAUAACAAGACAAAGAUUAAGUAGUCCCCUUUGGUCGCAUUGCUAUAUAUUUCAUAGAUAAUUUCUACACAUUUCAAGAUGCGCUACAAGACAUGUUAUACUCAUUUAUGGAAAAAGAUUUAUGAUUGGUUAAAUUUAGUACCACCCCUGUUACAAGCAAACAGUAACAAGGAAUUAAUUCACAUUGUCUUCCCACACUGUGGUGAGCAAAGCGUCCUUCUUCCCAAUUCAAAUUCCCAUGCACAGCAAUAUAGGGCUCAUUGUUUCAUCUUGAUGCAUGGCCUUAUUUAUCACUUGCCUUUUGAUUAACUUUUCACUUAGCUUUUAAAACAGUCAACUGAAUCUGCGUGCAAGCAAAUCUUUAAUUAUGUCAAAAUACAGAUUCAAACCUACUGUAUUUCCUCAAAAUGAAGUAGUUUUAUUCUUUAGGGAAACUUUAGAACUACCCUUUUGCAAGCCAGUGAUUCUAGGUUUAUUUGGCCUUUAUUUAGUUUGAGGUUUUUGGGGGAGAGUACUCAGGUUGGGGUUUUUUGGGGUUAGGGUAUAUAUCCCUCUGCCUCAAGUUUUGUUUCUUUUUCAAUUUCUCUGGCAACAAUUCAGCCUCUGAUGUUUCAGGGAAAAAAAAGGCAAUUUUUUUUUUUUUUAAGAGAGGAAAGAAAAUCCCCAGCAUUUGACCACAUCAGACCUCUUUAAAUAAAUAAGCUGCAUAUGAGGUGUAAGAGCAUAUUCUAAUAAAAGUCCAAUAUUCUCAGUAAAACUUCACAACACUCUCAGCUGAGCAGGUUAUUACCAAGGCUGUUUGAAGCUGGCGGGUGGUGUCUGCAUGUGCAAAGGGAGAGGAGGUCAAACUUUUUCCCUAUAUAUUUGAUUCUAAUUUUGCUUUUGGAAGGGCAUUUUUUGGCAAGUCAAGUCAGACUAGAUAUUCUUUAUUUUUCUGCAUCAUGGAUAUAUUGAGUUAAAUGCAGCAAUGCAAUUCAAGGUCCAGUAAAUUAUAAGUGGGUAUCAUUCCUACUGAGCUCCAUGGUCAUGCUCCUAAACAAGAAAACGACCAAAAUCAAUAAGGCUACCCCUGAUAUAAAAGCUGUGUAGGUGGGAAGAGAAGCAGAUUUAUUGAUUAUACACAUGCUUCACUUUGGCCAAGUAAUAAUUAGCAUGCAGUCCUAAGGAAGCAUCCUAUCAGGCACUCUGCAUUUCCGAGUGCAAAUGCAUGAUAGAAAUUGUCAAUUGAUGUCAGCGAGGUCCUGUAUCCUGCCAGCUCAUGAGUCAUACAGCCACUUGCAUUCAGCUACCUCCAGCAGCUUCCACAAGCCAGCAGACUACAUUACUUUAUAUUAUCUUUUAUCUUUCUUGGAUGGUCAGUUCUAAUAAAACUACUAGCAAGGGAAUUUAUUCAGUUUCAUACAGUGAUACAGAAGCACACAGAACACCAUCCUACUAAAUAGUAUAUGGAAAACUCUUCAUGAAGAAGUAAAGAACUUCAAUCAAACUCACUGGGUUGUCAACUGACAUGCCAAUAGUGUCAGAUAACUCUGUGAAACUUGCUAAAGCAGUCACCUGUACUUAAAAAGAGAGCAAAAAUCCAUGCCACUGUGCUUUCCAUCUUUUCAGGCAGGAGAACUCAGCUCUCCAAUACACCUUCCCUUCUACACUGCCCUUUCUAACAAUUUCUAGUCAUUUACAAGCAUCGCAGACUACAAACAUUUUCGACUAAAUCAAAAGCUUCAAGAGUAUCUCUGUCUUCCUAGACUCCUUCUAAAAAUUUUAAAAGAGCACAAAAAAUUACGAUAUGCAGGACAGAUUACCAACUUACUAUUCAAAAAACACCCACCAAUUUAAAUAUUAGGUGAACUGUAUUAUUCAACCUCUUUUUGUCACAUUUAUGUAACUUAUGGACAGAACUCUGAUUACAGAGCAUUGCUGCUGGCAAUAUAUUUGUGUAAAAAUUAAAAGAAAAAUAAUAAAGUGGGUAGGGCAGGUGCAUGUCAGCUUUACUCCAAGUCUCAUAGAUACUAAACACCCUCACAAGAUUUUACUGCCUUUAAAAGACACUCCUACACAUGCACCAAAAAAAAAAAAAAGCCUCAAAAAACAGAAUCUCCCACAAAGUCUCCCUAUGCCUACUUAAAAAGCUUAUUUAAAGCUUCAGACCUAGUCGAGGAAAAGCCCGACGGUUUUCGAGCGCCAGCCAGGAAUUGCCCCUUUGCCGCCCGCGGCUCCCAGGGACGGAGGUCAGCUCCGGGGCCGCCCCUCCCGGCCGUCACCCCCGGCGCCCCUCGGGCUCUGAAGGGCCGCUCGUUUGCGGCCGCCCCCUCCGAGCCGGCGGGAGGCGCGGGCAGCCCCGCGGGGGCGAAGAGCGGCUUCCCCUCGCCGGCACCGCGGGCUCCGGGCGGGGAGGCCCCACCCACCGCCCGCCCGGCCACCGCAGCGGGCCCCGGGCGAGCUGUACACGCAAAGUAUCCAGAGAUCAAGACUCUGAUGGGACCAGAUCCACAUUUAAAGUGGAUUGUAUCUGGAAUGGUUUUUAUGCAGCUUCUGGCAUGCUACUUGGUGAAAGACUUAUCUUGGAAAUGGAUUUUCUUCUGGGCUUAUGCUUUUGGGGGUUGCAUCAACCAUUCCCUGACCCUCGCCAUCCAUGACAUUUCACACAACGUGGCCUUUGGGAACAAGCAGGCCAAGUGGAACCGGUGGUUCGCAAUCUUUGCCAACUUGCCCAUUGGCAUCCCCUAUUCUGCCUCCUUCAAGAAAUACCACAUUGACCAUCACCGGUACCUGGGAGGGGACAGCUUGGAUGUGGACAUUCCCACAGACUUUGAGGGCUGGUUUUUCUGCACGCCGCUUCGGAAGCUGCUCUGGCUAUUCCUCCAGCCUCUGUUCUACAGUCUGAGACCACUGUAUGUGAACCCCAAAGCAAUUACACGGAUGGAAAUCCUGAAUGCUCUCGUCCAGUUUUCUAUAGACCUCAUCAUUUACUACCUGUGGGGGCUCAAACCUGUUAUUUACUUAAUAGCAGGUACUAUUCUUUGCUUGGGUUUUCAUCCCAUUUCUGGGCACUUCAUAGCAGAACACUACAUGUUCCUAAAAGGGUAUGAGACAUACUCUUAUUACGGACCUCUGAACUGGCUCACCUUCAAUGUAGGCUACCACAUGGAGCACCAUGACUUCCCCAGCAUUCCUGGAUGCAGAUUGCCCAUGGUGAAGAAGAUUGCAGCAGAAUAUUAUGAUAACCUCCCACAUCACCAGUCCUGGAUUCGAGUUCUGUGGGACUUUGUUUUUGAUGACACUCUUGGUCCUUAUUCAAGAGUUAAGAGACUGUGCAAGCUGGCAAAGGAAAGCUAACGGGGUAGCUCCUCCUGCUGCAGCGGCGUGUGCUUGUUCAUUCCCACGACUUCAGUUUUCUGCAGAAAUAGAAGGAUCUUUGUGUGUUCUGAAUUAAAGUUGGUGCAUGCUGCUUAUGCCAAGAGGAUGAGUGUGAAAAUGAAGCAAUUUUAGGCAACUGAUACUUUUUAAUAAAGGGUAUUUGUAUAUGCAACCCUCAGUACCUAGAUUAGAGUGAACUAUGAUUAGGUGAACCUUUGGUCUAGGCUUAGAAUUAACUUCCUGCGACACACGUGCCUAAGCCCAAGUUUUAGCUUUGUCUGUGGGGGGAAUGUUUGUUGUGUGUUAUGUGUGAGCAUGUGUGUGUGUAGUUCAGGGCUGGUUUCUCUUGGUGCCAGAUUGGAAGUAGAUGCUCUGUGUGCACAGGACCAUGGAAGCAGAGAAAACUGGCACACAGAAGUAAAUGAUACUCUCUGGAGAACACAAGGGUGCUUUUAGAUCAAUGUCUUGUCUAAUCUAAUAUCUUCUGAUAAUUGCUAAUAGCAGAAAUUUUAUAUAUGCAAUGGAAUAUGUUUAUAUUUUUGUACAUCUGAAACAUUAUUUCAGUGGCUGCUGUUUGAUCUUUAUUCCAGAGCUUUGUCCAAACUUUUUUGAAUGAAUUUCCGUUCUUAGGAUAUAAUACUUUUUCUAACUGACAGAUCUGAACUGUGGCAAGGAAAAAUCCCUUUUUUUGUGUUCCACCUACUUCCUGAUCAGCAGCAUGGAUGUGCCUCUGUGCCUCUGAGGAACUGGGUGGUCCUUUCUCACUCACCUUUUCAACAGUAUUCAUAACUUCAUAUAUCUCACCCUUUCCCCUACUGUAAGUCCUCUGGGGAAAGGACAGAUUCUAGUUUUAAUUUUUCCUUGCCAGAACUAUUAGCAUUCCUGGUCACCUUUCUUGGUCUCCUCUAUAUUACACCCCUUUCUGUGCAUGGCAGUUAGGAGUACGUGUCAGUGAAGACAUGGGGAUGUCUUUAUCUUCAUGGUGGUAUUUGUUCCUAACUGCUUUUAGAAUAAUGGCAAUUUUUUCUUCUGUCAUUUAAGGGGCACAACUUGUCAUUUGGGAAGCACACGAUACUCCAGCUAUGUAAAAUUGCCACUGGUGGUGUUAAGGGGAUGUACCUGGAACAUGGAGAUGGGGUCAUUUGUCUCUCUGUAUCUCUUACUUGGUGCUGUUGAUAUUAACCUUCAUCUCUCAUUUCCACCUGCUGGCAUAAUAAAAUCCUCCUGCUUGUCCUCUCCAAUUAUAAACUUCUGGCUAUCCUCAAUAAUUCUGUAUCAUCAAAAACCUUAAUCAACAUAUCCUUUCUCCAAGAAGAACAAUAUCUUGGGAGUCAGGAAUUCAGAUGCCAUCUAGUAAACUCCCUCUAACAUGAAAGCUGGCAAAAUAUUUCUGUCCUUACAAAGUGGUUAAAAGAAAUAAAUUAUAUAUUUAUAUAUCAUUGCCCUGUAGCCCUCUAACAGUUUGGGUUUUUUCUUCUGGGAAUCCAUGGCUGUAACAAGGAAAAAUAUUAUUGUGCAGCCUCAUCGGUCUUCAAAGUAUUAGACCUGGGAAGCCUGAUUUCCUCACUGAACAUGAUUUUGUUCCUUCCUUCAGCAGCACUGGAUCCAGUGAGCCAGUCUGUCUGUUCAUUAGGCAGCUGAGAUAACCUGCAGCCAUUUGGGUUCCUCCUUCAUUUCCCCAUUCUCCAUUUUUCUCACCCAUGUGAUUUUGGUAGUUGGGUAAAUAAAUACCCAGCUUUGCUCAGCAGAUCAAGAUCCUUUUUAAUACAGGGGCUGAACACCAGUUUAUUCACCAAUACUGUUUUGUGUUUUUGGAUAAGAAGAGCAAGAAUGAGGCUUCUUCCAGCACUUCAGCCUUUGCUGAUUCCUCAGUGAUGAACAUACUUAAGACAUUAUAUCUGAAUUAUUGAAGCUGCUUUUCUCCCAAAGGAAGAGGUGCUGGUGUGGGAACUUCCAUUACCUUUGUAUCAGUGCUCAUGUCAGGGAAUUUCAGUUUUUUAUUAAUUUACUUCAGAUUUGCUGGAUCUCUGAUCACCUAUUCAAUUUCCCGUGUCUUUAGCAGUUGUUCCUCAACUUUCUUGUCCAACUUAAUAAGUUAAUAUAAAAACCACAAUAAAGAUUAUGCUAUCUUCCUCAA